CUGAUCGGCUCAGAUUUGGCAAGCCGCUCUUGAUCGAUAACUUUCGCGCGUAUAAAGUCUGGAUGUGACAUCGUUAACGCGACUUUCGUCACCCUCACCACUCUUACAUCGACCAUGUCUAACAAGGAGCAGACCUAUAUCAUGAUCAAGCCUGACGGCGUCCAACGUGGACUCGUCGGAAAGAUCAUCACCCGUUUUGAGGAACGUGGCUACAAGCUCGUCGCUUUGAAGCUUGUUCACGCCACCACUGAGCACCUCGAGAAGCAUUACGCCGAUCUCAAGGGCAAGCCCUUCUUCCCUGGCUUGGUCAAGUACAUGGCCGCUGGUCCUGUCGUCGCCAUGGUCUGGGAGGGUCUUGACGCUGUCAAGACCGGCCGUGUCAUGCUCGGUGCUACUAAUCCCCUGGCAUCCCCCGUUGGUUCGAUCCGCGGUGACUUUGCUCUCGCCGUCGGCCGCAACAUCUGCCACGGUUCCGACUCAGUCGAGAGCGCCCAAAAGGAGAUCGCGCUCUGGUUCCCUGAGGGUAUCAUCCAGUACUCCAACGGCUUGGAGUCAUGGAUCUUCGAGUAGAUGGUAUAUACCAUACUUGCACGUGUACUUCAGAAUCAUUCAAACAAACCGCAUUCAUCGACUCCCUGGAAAUACGUUCAUCGAUCUGCCGUCAAUACUCCACGAACACGCUCAGCUAACAUUACAUACCAGACUGUACA